AUGGGCGAAAGCGCUACCAUGUUUCCCUCGAGUCCGUGUAAACAAGAGACUUCGCUGAUAUGUUAUCUUCUUCUUACCGUGUGCCUCGUGUCAUUACCGGUUACCGGAGCCAAGCAGGACAGCCUCCGGAUUGUCACUGACAGCAACUGGGAGGACAUCCUGACUGGAGAGUGGAUGAUUGAAUUCUAUGCGCCUUGGUGUCCAGCCUGCCAGCAGCUACAACCGGUGUGGCAAGAGUUUGCUGACUGGGGGGAGGACAUGGAGGUCAACAUAGCAAAGGUGGAUGUGACAGAGCAACCAGGGCUAAGCGGGAGAUUUGUCAUUACUUCACUGCCGACCAUUUACCAUUGCAAAGAUGGCGUUUUCCGCAAGUACCAGGGAGCGCGCACCAAAGAAGAGUUCCUCAGCUUCGUGGGUGACAAAAAAUGGGCUACGGUGGAGCCGGUCUCCUCAUGGUUCGCGCCUUCAUCUUUUCUAAUGAACUCCAUGUCAGCUCUAUUCAAACUUUCUAUGUUCAUACGACGUUGCCAUAACUACAUGACGGAUAAAAUGGGCCUCCCCGUGUGGGGCUCGUACGUCAUCUUCGGCUUGGUCACGCUUUUCUCCGGUCUUGCGCUCGGACUGCUACUGGUGUUCAUCGCUGAUUUUGUCUUCCCGUCGCGGCGUUUGUCCUCGCCGGACUAUUACCAGAAGAAACAAACGGCAGAGCAGGCCUGGCUGCUUCAACAGCAGCAGGAGGAAGAAGAACACGAGGCCGAUGGCGAGGAGGAGGACGACGAUGAAGAGGACGAGGAGGACGUGGACGAGGCGUGGAGGACGCAGCGGCGGCCACGCAGGGCCUCCCCCGAGGGCCAGCCCGAGCCCAAAGGACAGGCGGUAAGGAAGAGGGCGAUGCCUGGACGCAAAGGAGACAACGAUGACGAAGAAGAAGAAGACACUUAG